CAGACCUGAAUCACCACUGAUGGAGGGACUGUGGAGACUCCUUGUCCUGGGCUGGUUAUGUCACCUCCAGUCUCCUGGCAUCUUAGGAGCCGUGGUCAUUGGAACCCCACAAGAGUGUGAAAAGGCUCCCUUUGUCCCUGGCUACAACCUGGGAGGAGAAGGCUUUGACAUUGUGAAGAUGGAGCGCAAAGGUGCAUAUGUGAUCGAUGCUGAGCAGUGGAGAAAUGCAAACGGCACCUGUCAACUUGCACGAAACCCUUACUUGGGUGAAAUUCAGCAGAAGAUUCCAUUAGCUGUGGUGGAUUGGAGAGCCCUCUCCAAAUGUGAUAUGAAGGUCUCCAGCACUGUCUAUGAAUCCAGUGAAGCUGUUGCCAAUGACAGCACAUCCAGUGUGACAAACAACUGGAAAGUAGGCCUAGAUAUUCCAGUCAACCCUAAUGUGAAGGUUGGGGUGGGCUUGGGAGGUACCCACUCACGCGACGCAAUGUUUGCCAUGAAGAAAUCAAAGGAAGACAAGUACAGCUUCACCAAACAUCAGGUCCACUGCAACUUGUACAGGUACAAUGUAGCAACUAAGCCCCCACUUCACAAAGAGUUUCUGGAGUCCAUUAAACAGCUGCCUAAAGAGUACAACCAAAAAACUAAAGCAGAUUAUAAAAAUCUCAUUGAUACAUAUGGUACCCAUUUUGUUAAAAAUGUGAAAACGGGUGGAAAAUUAAAGAGUAUUACUUCAAUUAAGACCUGCCAGACUGCAAUGAGUGGCCUCACAGACACAGCUGUUAAAGACUGCCUGGAUGUUGAAGCUUCAGCAACAAUUGCAAUGACUGCAAGUAUAAAGACAGAAGCCCACCACUGCAAGGAACUUAAGAAGAAACUAGGCAGCAGCCAGACCUUUAGCAGCUUGUUCAGUGAUCGCCACUCUGAGGUGGUGGGUGGGAAUGUUAAUUCAGCAGAUUUGCUUUUCUCAGGUGGUUCAGAUCCAAGUACAUACAAGAGCUGGCUGGAUUCCUUGAAGAACAGCCCAGAUGUCGUCUCCUACAGUCUGAAACCCCUACAUCUUUUGCUGCCUCUUGGGCAUUUUGCAAUAAGGCCAGUUAAGAAAGCAGUUGAAGAGUAUGUCAUAGAGAACGCAUUACUGGAGAGCUGCUCUGAAUCUUGUCAGAUAGGAACUAGAUGUUCUGUGAGAGACCGCUGUGCCUGUGUCUGCAACAGCGAUCAGAAUAUAAACUCCAACUGCUGCCCAGUUUCCAAAGGACUGGCUACACUGAAAGUGUAUAAUAUGAAAGCAGAGAAGCUGUAUGGAGACUGGUGGACCGAAACUGACGGUUCUGUUCUAGUGUCAUAUGAUCUCGCCAGCGGAGCCUCACUCCUGACAAUGGAUGAGUCCGCCACCAUUAUUACAACUCAGAUAGGACAACUUCUGGAGAUUAUUCUCAUGACCGUCACCCAGCUUGUGAUGGUUCCUACAGAGCAUCCAGGCAUGACAGAGACCGGUAUGACAGAUGGGAUGGCCACACUCAUUCUGGCUCGCCUGAACAUCAUGCACGCGGCCCCAGUCAUCCAGAGACUACACACGGCGUGGACGUUCUCCUGA